GCCUCCCGCCCGCUCCGCAACGCCAGCUCGGCAGGAGCGGGGCGUGAGUCUCGAGUGAGACCCGCCAGGAUCUAACUCCGCAGCGCCGGUUCUCGGCGGGCAGCAACUUUCUCCCCGGAGCGGUCGGGGCGGCGCUGCUGCCGUGGCAUCGGGAGCGGGAACCGGGAGGAGGAAGGCGGCAGCGGUUGCUCCUGCCAGCACAGGCUGUCCAGCCCUCCGAGAGCGCCGGCCCGCGGAGUCUCGUCCCCCCGGGAAGCCCCGGGCCCCUGCUGCCCUAUGUCCCGCAAGGCGAGCGAGAAUGUGGAGUACACGCUGCGGAGUCUGAGCAGCCUCCAGGGCGAGCGGCGCAGAAAACAGCAGGAGCCGGACGCGGCGAGCGCGGCCGGGGAGCGCAGCCUCCUGGCGGCCGCCGAGUCGAGCAGCAGCUUGCAGAGUGCGGGCGCGGGCGGCGGCGUCGGGGACCUGGAGCGCGCGGCGCGGCAGCAGUUCCAGCAGGACGAGACCCCCGCCUUCGUGUACGUGGUGGCGGUCUUCUCCGCGCUGGGCGGCUUCCUGUUCGGCUAUGACACCGGGGUGGUGUCGGGGGCCAUGCUGCUGCUCAAGCGGCAGCUCAGCCUGGACGCGCUGUGGCAGGAGCUGCUGGUGUCCAGCACGGUGGGGGCGGCCGCCGUCUCAGCGCUGGCCGGCGGGGCCCUCAACGGCGUCUUCGGCCGCCGGGCCGCCAUCCUGCUCGCCAGUGCGCUCUUCACUGCCGGUUCUGCGGUGCUGGCCGCGGCGAACGGCAAGGAGACCCUGCUCGCCGGCCGCCUGGUCGUAGGGCUUGGCAUCGGCAUUGCUUCUAUGACAGUGCCAGUGUACAUCGCCGAGGUCUCACCCCCCAAUUUAAGAGGCCGACUAGUCACCGUUAAUACCCUCUUCAUCACAGGAGGGCAGUUCUUUGCAAGCGUUGUUGAUGGAGCCUUCAGUUAUCUCCAGAAGGAUGGAUGGAGGUACAUGUUGGGACUUGCAGCAAUUCCAGCAGUUAUACAAUUUUUUGGCUUUCUCUUUUUACCGGAAAGCCCUCGAUGGCUUAUUCAGAAAGGACAGACUCAGAAGGCCCGUAGAAUAUUGUCCCAGAUGCGUGGUAAUCAGACCAUUGAUGAGGAAUAUGAUAGCAUCAAAAAUAAUAUUGAAGAAGAGGAAAAAGAGGUUGGUUCAGCUGGACCUGUGAUCUGCAGAAUGCUGAGUUACCCCCCCACUCGCCGAGCUUUAAUUGUGGGUUGUGGUCUACAAAUGUUCCAACAGCUCUCAGGCAUUAACACCGUCAUGUACUACAGUGCAACCAUUCUGCAGAUGUCUGGUGUGGAAGACGAUAGACUCGCAAUAUGGCUGGCUUCCGUUACGGCCUUCACCAAUUUCAUUUUCACUCUCAUAGGCGUCUGGCUUGUGGAGAAAGUGGGCCGCAGAAAGCUUACGUUCGGUAGUUUAGCAGGUACCACCAUAGCACUCAUCAUCCUUGCUUUGGGAUUUCUGCUGUCAGCCCAGGUUUCCCCACGCAUCACUUUUAAACCAAUAGCUCCGUCUGGUCAGAACGCUACAUGCACAAGAUACAGUUACUGCAAUGAAUGUAUGUUGGAUCCAGACUGCGGUUUCUGCUACAAGGUGAACAAGUCAACCAUCAUCGACUCCUCCUGUGUUCCCGUUAAUAAGGCAUCGACAAAUGAGGCAGCCUGGGGCAGGUGUGAAAAUGAAACCAAAUUCAAAACAGAGGAAGUAUUUUGGGCUUACAAUUUCUGCCCUACUCCAUACUCUUGGACUGCACUUCUGGGCCUUAUUUUAUACCUUGUUUUCUUCGCACCUGGAAUGGGACCGAUGCCUUGGACUGUGAAUUCUGAAAUAUAUCCCCUUUGGGCAAGAAGUACAGGAAAUGCAUGUUCAUCUGGAAUAAAUUGGAUUUUCAAUGUUCUGGUUUCACUGACAUUUUUACACACAGCAGAGUAUCUUACAUACUAUGGAGCCUUCUUCUUGUAUGCUGGAUUUGCUGCUGUAGGACUCCUUUUCAUCUAUGGCUGUCUUCCUGAGACCAAAGGGAAAAAAUUAGAGGAAAUUGAAUCACUCUUUGACAACAGGCUAUGUACAUGUGGCGCUUCAGAUUCCGAUGAAGGGAGAUACAUUGAAUAUAUUCGGGUAAAGGGGAGUAACUACCAUCUUUCUGACAACGAUGCUUCUGAUGUGGAAUAAUUUUCAACUUCUGAUAUCUGUAGUUAUUUUUAAAAACCUGGGAGAAAAGAGCAGCAAUUGGUGACCUCACUGCCCUGCUUCUAAUCUGGUUCUUUCCACAGUCUAGUUUUGAAUGACUUCAUAUUCUAGAAUCUUUGAUUAGGAGGAAGAUACAAUCAUGUUGACAUUCUUUUUUCAUAAGCAUAAAUGUAAAAAGAAAAAAUCUACCAAGCUUUCAAAAUAAGAAUUAUUGAGCAAAUUGUGUAAUUCCUUCCUGAGAUAGUCUAAAAUGAGUUAUUGUACCCAGUGACUUCAGUGGUAUCUGUUUAUCCUAAGACCAUAUAUAAUUAUUAGUGGCAAUUAAGUCAGUGCUAAUCUAACUGAAUCAUGUAUGUAUGAUAUAAAGAAGGAUUCUAGGAUAUGGACUAACGAUUGUUGUCGAUCAAAACAUGGCCUACUGGCCCUAAAUUUUCCUAAGGACAAGUAUCGUAUCUGGAUCAGCUGUUAGAAAGUAAAUCCCAUUCAAGUUUUCAAAAACUAAAAGUGCCUCCUAUGAGGGCACAGCUGUCUUAUCUCCUUUGGAUUCCACAUUUUGGUUUCUCUCUCCAAUUCCAAUCUUGAGAGUUCUUCAGAAACUGACUCUGCACAGAAUCUUUUGAACAUUAUGAAAAGCAGGUCUUUUAGGGUAUAUUUUCAUACAUAUUUUUUGCAUCAGUGAUAAGUGUACAUUUGCAGAGAUAAGCUAGCAAGUUUUGAUAAGUAUAUUUUACUGCUAGAAAGUAAAAGAAAAGAUUUUUUAUGGAUCCCCAAUUGAGUUACUCACUUAGGUAUGCAACUAUAAAAAAUAGCACUAGAUCUUGAGCUGCAUUUCAGGGUCAGUUUUUGUUCAUGCCAAAAUCACCUGAUAUACACCACGCCUUUGCUAAUCAACCCCUUGAGUCCUACUAUUUGUGCCUUCAUUUGUGUUACUAUAAAUGUGUUAUUAUAAAUAGCAGGCUACUUUCCUCUUUUUUAUUCAAGUAAUUUCUGGAACAAAAAAGGCAGAUAAUCAGUGACCAAAAAAAUCCUACUAUUAUUGGUAUUUGUUUAAUUAAAUAGUGGGACUUAUUUUUAACUUAAUUUAACUUUUGAUUUUUUAACUUAUAUCCAUAUUUUGCCAUGUAUAAUGCGCUCCCAUGUAUAAUGUACACCCAUGUUUUUGGUCCAAACUUUCCAGAAAAAAAUCUAAUUUUUUAAGUCAACUUUAUUUAUAUUUAGAAACAAAACUGAUUAUUGUAUUCCAGGGUAUUAUUUUGCCUAUGGAUAUUAUUACUUUCUAGAGUUAUACUUUUAAUGCAUAAGCAUAAAUAAAAGUUAAAAGCAUUUAUAUAGAUACGGAAUUAGUCCUAACCAUGUAUAAUGCUCAUCCUGUUACCUCCUUCAAAAAUAUGGGUAAAAAGGUGCACAUUAUAUACAGCAAGAUAUGGUAAUCUUCCUAAAAAAUUGUCUCAUUUUUUACUUAAUAGUACUUGCCUUUUGUUACUCUAAGACCAUAAACGGUUUUCAUUUUGCACAUCUUUUCUCAGUUUCCCUGAAAAUUUACUCCCCACACUCUCCCCACUGAACAAAAAUACAUAGAUUUGCCAUGGGUGUUUCCUUUUACUCAUGCUUAGCUUGAAUUUUUUUCCUUCUUGUCUAAAAAUUGGGAUUUUUCUAUUGGAACAGAUUAAUGGUUCUCACAUAACACAUGGCUUAAGAAAUGUUGACUUUCUGCAUUUCUAUAAUGUCUUUUCAAAGUAUUUAUUGCUUUUUGUGUUCCUUUAUCAAUGAAAUCUAAUUUUCGCUCUUAAAGAACUAUAUAGUAUGUACAAAAUCACCUGCUAGUCCCAGUGAAAUUAUUAAUGACUCUUCUAAGGACAGUUAAGAGUGCUUAAGUUUGAUGCAUUUUAACAUGGCUCUAAACAUCUAAUAAGGUACACUUAGGAGUGAAAAUGUGGCUAUCUCUAAAUUCAGUGUGUCCCUGCCAAUCUCUAAGAUGUUUUCUCUUCAAGUCUGGCUUGUUCCUCUCACAUUGUCAAAGCUGAGACUAUAGCCAAGGAGGUUCAUUCUCAUAAGUCACCAAGGGUGUGAUAUGUGCUUUAACAGUCACUUCACUGGACUAAAAAGUUUCCUCCCUUUAAUCACCUCAAAUAAAAGAUUUUAUUUAACAGUGUUUUCUUUGAAUUAGGUGCUUUGACAAUUGAUUUCUAAGGGAAUAUUAGUAUUAAUUUGCCCCAUAAAAGCAGAUGUGAUUUCAUAGAGAAAAUUAUUCUAUUGAUAUUUAUUAUCUGUGUAAUAUUUCACACAGGUGAAGUGCAGAGGAGCUCUUGUGUGUUAAAAUCAAAAUAUAACAGGGAGGAAAAGUAUUUAGAUCAAUAAAAUACUCAAUUUUUAUGAUUUAUCUAAAUAGUUGCUUCAGUUCUUAUUAUAUGCACAGCAUUAACUCAGCUGGACUGAAUGCACGGUAACUUUAUUAAAGGAGAAAUUCAACUCUUAUUAUUUUGUAAAGCAGAACAUGGCCUGUUCUCCCUGACAUAGCAAAUGGUGUUUUCAACUUUAUAUCCAUAAAUGCACAUAAUAACAGGGAAAAUUAGCCACAGUUCUCUUCAACCCUUCCUUUAAAGGACUGUAUGUUAUUUAUAAAAAGAUAAUAUUCCAUGUCUUUUAAGUACAGAGAGGCAAAGUAUAAGAAUUAUUUAUAAUUUUUUAAAAAACAACUACUUGAAAAGGAACCUUAUACAAUUAGGGUAUUAUUUUUAGACUCAGUGAAUAUUUAUAGUUAUUAAAAAUUUAAUGUUUGAAUUUUGAAGGUUUUUUAUUAUGCACCUUUUAAG